GUCGUAAUUAUGUUGUGAAUUGUAUAAUGUAUAUACUUCAUUCAAACUGCUCAUUUUGAACAUUGGCUGAAAAGGGGCUAAUUAGUUUUACAUGCCUACACUACCUGAAAUUGUCAGUGUUUCAUCCUGACACAUAAUGUCUCUGGGGCAUUAAGGGACACAAAUAUCCUGACUGGGUUUUACAGUUGUGCAACAGAUUAGAGGAGCCGUUGAAGGCUAGCGGGAAGUUUGGGAACCCUAGUCUAACAACUAAUGAAAAUUGAACAUUCAUCAAUUAGUUUAUUAAUUGUGAAUGUUCUGUUUCAGAAAUGUUUCUGUUACAGAUGAUGGAACUGAGAGAAGGAGAAAACAGCUUUAGUUACUUCAUCUCCAGAUGUCAUAUUGAAUAGCCUGCAGUUACUGUCCAUUUACAACUUCAUGGGUAAGCACAGAAAAGAAGCAAGAAGGGCAUAUUUGAAAAGAAGAAGAUCAGCAAUGAGAGAAACAAAAUUAGCUGGGAAUGAUUUGGAUGAUACCCAAAUGAGUCACAUGAAAAUUGAUAGCCCAGCUAAUGAAGAUAACAGCCAUUGCAUCCAAACCAAAAUGACUGAAAAACACACCCCUUUAUUCUGUACGCCGCCAAAGUCAAAGUCAUCAUCAGCACUGCUACCAUCAUCGUCAAAGUCAUCAUCAGCACUGCUACCAUCAUCAAAUAUGUCAAAUUCAUCAGCACUGCUGCCAUCAUCAAAUACGUCGAAUUCAUCAGCACUGCUACCAUCGUCGUCAAAUACGUUGAAGUCAUCAGCGCUGCUACCAUCAUCGUCAAAUACAUCUAAGUCAUCAGCACUGCUAGCAUCGUCGUCAAAUACGUCAAAGUCAUCAGCACUGCUACCAUCAUUGUCAAAUACAUCUACAUAUACGCAGCCCAGAUACAGCAUGCAGGUCAGUAUAUACAGAGUUGCCUGCAGUAGUAACUGGCAACCUGCAGGAUCAGAAUGACAUUUACAAUUUUACUGAUGAAGACGGAGUGGAAGAUAUGGAAGGUGGAGAGAGAGAGGUACAAACAGGGCAGAAUGAAAAAGGCACGCCAGGAGAACAUAAUGAAGGCGAAGGAGGUGAAGAACAUAAUGAAGGCGAACCAAGUGAAGAACAUAAUAAAGGCGAAGCAAGUGAAGAACAUAAUGAAGGCGAAGCA